CUCUGUGUUCCUCAGCUGUCUUGUGGAGGAUCAGCUCACAGAAACACACACAUACACACACACACUUUCUUCAGCAGCAGUAUGUCUGAUCUCUACACAGUGGAGUUAAUCGCUCCUGGUCCAUGGGGUUUCAGACUACAGGGUGGAAAAGACUUCAGUAUGCCACUCACCAUCUCACGACUGACAGACAAUGGUAAGGCAAGUAAAGCAGGUGUUGCUAUUGGUGAUGCUGUCAUCUCCAUAGGGGACCUGAAAACAGAGGAACUGAAUCAUCUGGAGGCUCAAAGCAAGAUCAAAGAAUGUAAAGGCAACCUGAAACUCACAUUACAGAGAGCAGCCAGUGUUCCCAAACCUGCUUCAGUACAGAAGACAACUACAGUAACAUCAAAGGUGAUCCGUAAGCCAAUAAUUCAGACAGAUAUCGGGUUCUAUCAUGAGGCAUCUCACGCUGAUGCAAGCAGGAAACGCAUCAUGGAGGACACAGAGGACUGGAGACCCAGAACAGGGACGUCCCAGUCACGCUCAUUCCACAUCCUCGCACAGAUCACUGGCACUGAGGCCCUGCCAGAGGACAUGGACUUCAAAAAGAAUACAGUAAAAGAGAUGAAGAUUAAAGUUGGGCCUCAGUAUCAUAAACUGAGAGACUGGCACCAUGGAGUUUCUGCUCAAACCCUCAAUGUACUCAGUCUAGUCUAGUGUGUAUUUGUGCAUGUGCAAAUGUGUGUAUGUUGAAUUGUGUUGCGUGUGUGUAACCAUAUGUGUGUGAUUUUGCUGCAUUUAACACUAAAUUAUAAAUUGUUCUUUUCGAUCUCAGCAUGUGUUUUGUUAGCAGUAAACUAGCCAGCUUUAGUGGUCAUGAUUUAAUGCACUAUUUGUUCUCAUUAAACAUAGAAGUUUAUGCUUACGCUCAGUGUUAGAAAUUUAGCCAAAUAAAGUGUGACUGAUCUAAAGUAAACUAUUGUGGGAUGAUAUUUAUUUACUACUGAUGCUGUGAGCCGGAGUAUAUUCACACUUGGAACCUCAAGUUGAUGAUUUUUUUCUUGCUUUUUGGACUUAGGUAGAGCUUUAGUCAAAUGCAGCAUUACUCACAUGAGAACAACAGAAAAAUAGCUAAAUAGCUAGUUAACAUGGUGUUUAGCUGCUAUCAAUCUUCAAAAUGCAAUGAAUGAAACAAUAUCUUAAAUAAUUGUGUUGCUGUAGGUGUUAAAACAAUACAUACAAAAGUGAGAUUAGCAUAGCAGCAGUUUCUCAUCAUGCUAGCAUAAGUAGCCACACUGUACACACUAAAGUUUUAGAUUUGGGUUUGUUUAUUUGUUUGUUUGUUUGAUAAACCACAUAUUUAAAAAAUGUUUUUAUCUUUUUUUGUGAUGAUACAAUAAACUUCUUUGAGCUUGUGAAACUUG